UCAGUCUUACCAAUCGUCGAGUCAAAUAUCUCGUUCCUUGCCGGUGUUACGUUACAGGUCUCUCGUAAACAGAUUUAAAAAUGGUAAAUAAAGAUCAAGUGAAGAAAGACGUACAGGAACUAUUCAAGAAUGACAAAUAUUCGAUUCUGCUCCCGACUUACAAUGAAGUGGAGAAUUUACCAAUAAUAAUAUGGCUUAUCGUGAAAUAUAUGGAGGAGAGCAAACUUUCCUAUGAAAUCAUUGUGAUAGACGAUGGUUCUCCAGAUGGAACUCUGGACAUGGCUAAACAACUGCAACGUGUGUACGGCGAAGAUAAAAUAGUCUUAAAGCCUAGAGAAAAGAAGCUCGGAUUAGGAACUGCUUACAUGUAUGGAAUUAAACAUGCAACUGGCAAUUUUAUCGUUAUCAUGGAUGCUGACUUGUCUCAUCAUCCCAAAUUUAUCCCAAAAAUGGCUGAGUUACAACGUUACCUCAAUCUUGACAUAGUCAGCGGUACAAGGUAUGCUCAAGGCGGUGGUGUUUAUGGUUGGGAUUUUAAGAGAAAGUUAAUAAGCAGGGGUGCAAAUUUCUUGACACAACUCUUGCUGAGACCUGGUGCAAGUGAUCUGACUGGCAGCUUCAGGCUUUACAAAAAAGAUGUAUUGCAAAAGUUGAUAGCAUCUUGUGUAUCAAAAGGAUAUGUAUUUCAAAUGGAAAUAAUUGUUCGUGCUAGACAGUGGAAUUACACGAUAGGAGAAGUACCAAUUACAUUCGUUGACAGGGUCUAUGGUCAGUCUAAGUUGGGUGGGUCGGAAGUGUUUCAGUUUGCGCAGGGUCUUCUGUAUCUCUUCAGCACAACGUAACUGAACAUUCCAUUGUGAUAAUAACAAUUCCAUUCUUUUAUAUGCCCCUGUUAAAUCUCCAGCUAAAUGUAUCGCAAAUUUUGUAUCAGUUCAGAGAGAUUAUACAUGAUUACAUGUUAGAAAAUAAUUUUAUAUGUGUACAUAUAUAUAUAAUGCUACGUUUACACAAAUAAAUUACUAAAAUGUUA